UAUAAGGGCCCGGUCGCACCACACUACUGGCUGCGCCCGCUCUGUCCCGCCGUCUCCGUCUCCGGCCACCGAAGCCCUUCCUUCUCGCCGGAAAAAAGAGCGCGAGAGAGAGCGACAGUUCGUGCCAAGGAUCCAUGGUGACUGCGGGCCUGCUGCGGAGGGAGAGGGAGCAGUUCGGCUCUUCCCCCUUCACUGGACAGACGAUGAUCGAAAGCAAGAUCCAGGCCCUGGAAGACGACAUUGGCGCCACCAAGGUUAGCAACAGGAGAUCGUGCCGGUGGCUCAACGACCGCCUGCUGCUGGAGCUGGUCCCCCGUCUUGGCGCCGACGAGAUCAAAGGCCUCUUCGCUCCGCCACCGUGGGGUGAGGAGCUGCCCCUGUCUGCAUUCUGCAUGACAAGUUCUGCUGCUGCAUGGGAUGUCUUUAGGACCAUCGACAUGGAUGUUCAGGCAAACUUGUUGCAAUUUCACAUGAGACAAUCAUGCGCGGAUCGGAAGAACAGUCGUUUGGACGAAGACGAGGAGAUUGCGCUGAACGCUUGGCACCGUAUUGAUCGCCAGACAAGAGAAGUUAUCAAGAGGAACUUCCUGCCUGACCUGCUUCGGAUGUACGAAGAACGAGUGAGGGCCUUCAUCCAAGACACGAGGGGCGACAAGGACUUGCUUGCGCUGGAUGUCCAGGACCCGUUCCAGAGGCUGCUCCUACACGGCGUGUGCGAGUUCUACAAUGUGGCAUCUGAGACGAGGAGCAGCACCGUGAGAGAGUACGGCGGGGACAGGCUGUGGAAGACGACGACGAUCAGGAAGAGAUCGGGCACGGGCGCUCCACCCAGGAUCACCUUGGUUGACUUGCUGACAAGGAAGAAGAAUGGGUGCCACUGAAUAUUUCACUUUGUGCCACUAGUAGCACCUUCCCUCAUAGAUCAGGCACGGGCGCUCCAUCCAGGAAAGUGUUUGUGCUUGAUUUGUACUAGUAUGCCAGCUAGCAAUCUACACUACUAGCACUCCUUAAUUUGCAGUGCUACUUAAUCACUGGAGUAGUAAGCUUAUUUGAUGAUAAAUAUAUGACACUACUAGCUGUACUAUGAUUGUCGGUCUUUGUCGUUUCAUACAUGGAUCGAUCUCGGCUGCAGUACUACGCACACUAAUACGAUGCCCGUGCGUUGCCACGGGCCUUUUAAAUUU